UUUUCUUCCUUCUCGCUGCUCCGGUAGCCAGAGGCAAAAUGUCCCAGGAAGACCCCCAAGAGUGCGCGGAACCAGACGAGCAGAAGGCCAAGGCCCCCCCGGAGAAAACCAGCGACUAUUACCGAGUGAGCGAGGACCUGCCGGCCAGGUUCAACAACCCCUGCUGGUUUCGGGGCUACAGGACCAAGGAGCCUGGCUCCAUGUACAGGACCAGCAACCAGGCUUAUGGGGGCCAAUCCCCCACUGUGCACGAGAUGCCGAAAGUGUUUUAUCCUCAUUCGAGUAAAUUUUCCCAACACCUCGCAGCCUUCGGGAUGUACCGGAGUAACACCUUUAACGUCGGCAUGGAGAGCAGCUUUGUGACAGGUCCGGACAACCACAUCACCCCCUACGACCGUCUUAAUUUUCACCCCAGCUACAACACCAACAAGCCGUCCAUCUGCGACUGA